UUCAAGUUUCACUUGUAGUAGUAGUCAUGGCUAGUUCUUUAGUUUUAAGGUCUUGUUGUUGUAUAAUUAUGAUAAUAACAAUUUUGUUGAUGUCUUUUGGUUUUGGUUAUGCUCAACCAACUAGAGCUUUUUUCGUUUUCGGUGAUUCGAUUGCGGAUAAUGGGAAUAAUCAUUUCUUAGCAACGACGGCUCGUGCUGAUACUCCUCCUUAUGGCAUUGACUUCCCUUCACAUAAAGCCACCGGACGUUUCUCUAAUGGCCUAAACAUUCCAGACAUACUUAGUGAGCAACUUGGUUUAGAACCAACUCUUCCUUACUUAAGUCCUUUGUUAAUUGGCGAAAAACUUUUAGUUGGAGCCAAUUUCGCGUCCGCGGGGAUUGGAAUUCUCAACGAUACCGGAUUUCAAUUUCUAGAAGUCUUGCACAUUGACAAGCAAUUGAAGCUUUUCGGUCAUUACCAGCAAAGGUUGAGUUUACAUAUUGGUGAAGAAGAAGCUAAGAAAGUUGUCAACAAAGCAAUAGUACUCAUCAUUCUCGGAGGCAACGAUUUCGUCAACAAUUAUUAUUUGAUCCCAUUUUCAGCAAGAUCUCGCCAAUUUUCUCUCCCGGACUAUGUCACCUAUCUCAUUUCUGAGUACAGAAAAAUUCUAAGGAAACUUUAUGAUUUGGGAGCUCGUAAGGUUCUCGUAACAGGUACGGGACCAAUAGGCUGUGUGCCAGCUGAGUUAGCCUUGAGAAGCAGAAAUGGCGACUGUGACGUGGAACUCGAGCGAGCCGCGGCAUUGUAUAAUCCACAGCUUGUUGAAAUGAUUAAAGGACUUAAUAGAGAGAUUGGUUUUGAUGCUUUCAUUGCUGCUAAUGCACAUCAAAUGCACAUGGAUUUUAUUACCAACCCUCAAGCUUAUGGUUUUGUUACAUCAAAGAUAGCAUGUUGUGGACAAGGGCCAUACAAUGGGAUUGGACUUUGCACACCACUUUCGAACUUGUGUCCGAAUAGAGAUCUUUAUGCAUUUUGGGAUCCUUUUCAUCCAUCUGAGAAAGCUAGCAGACUCAUAGUUCAACAGAUCUUAACUGGUUCCAAUGAGUAUAUGCAUCCUAUGAAUCUUAGUACUGUUUUGGCCAUGGAUUAGUUCUGUUGUUUCAUUCAUACAUUGCACUGUUUGAUUCUAGAUAUCUUAUAGUUUAAGUCCCUAGUUCCUAGAUUGAGUCUUAUAAAUUUCAAUUACUAAUGUUGCAGUAAUAAAAUGUUGUAGUAUUCUUUUUGUUGCUAUGUUGUAAGGUUCCUUUGGUGUUUGGAAAUAUUGGAGAAAUUAA